CUGGUGGGCGCCGCCGCGCUGCUGGCCGGCUCGGCGCUGGGCUACGUGGGCGCCAGGCUGCUGGGCCACAAGAGGCAGGAGCAGCUCGCUAUACAGGAUCGUCCGGCGAACGAGGAGCCCCCGCGGGAGAAGAAAGCGCAAUAGCGAGUGCAGUGCGUCUGCUUCUAGGCGACGCACUCCCCGUCCCGUCCAUGCAACACUCGCCCCCGAGUCAGAUUUUACUAGAGUUGGUAAACAUUCGAGCAAAUUACAUAGAACUCGACUCAGUUUUACAAGACUCCGCGCUACUCUUGAGUCUAGAGAGUAGAAUUGAACCCAGUCCUUUCGGAGCAUUAUUAAAAAUCAGUUUCAAUCUAUAACUAACGGUUUAACGAUCUUACGCCAAGCGCGCACCACGAUUUUAGUUUUUGCGACACGAUUUUAGAAUCGCGCUGUAAUAUAUCGCAGAAAAUUCACUGCGCGCACUGCGAUGAAAAAGUCGACGAUUUGUUCAUUCUCAACAUGGAUUUCGCACCAGUCGUUUGUCAUGAAACGUUGUCUUUAAUAUGCGAUCGCUGUAUGACUUUGAGUAUUUAUACCACAAAGGUGAUCUUCUACUUCCAUAAUUAAAUGGUCAACAUCUAGCGUCUUCAGCAGCAGGUUCCGACAUGUUGACGCUUGGAGAGCGAAAUGCCGACUGAGGUCCGGGUGCGAUUUUAUUAUCGCAGUGCGCGCGGGGCCAUACAACUCCGUAUGCUGCAAUUCACUUUGCGACAAUCGCGUCGCGAGCAGUCGCGGAAAAAUGUGACAAAUCACAAUUUUAAAAUCGCUGCGAUUUUUUUGUCGCAUAUGCGCGCACUGCCAUAUAAACUCAUACGUUACAUUUCUGCGACUAAAUUAUCGCGCGACAAAAAGUCGUGGUGCGCGCUUAGCCUUACGGUGUAAUAGGGACCAUCAUUCGACGCGAGAGGUAUAAACAAAAUGUGUGUAUACAUUGUCCCUAUAUAUUGGAUUACUUUCUUCUGUUUUGUAUGUAAUGCCUUAUUCUUAUUUUUUUAUUAUUUUAUUUACAUGGAGAACCAACAGCUAUAACUAUGCUAAUAACAACAUCAAUAGUGACACAGAGCCAAUUAUAGGAUCUCACAUAUAGCAACAUGUUAAUAUUUAACAUUAAGUUAAAUAGCAGGCACAAUGUUUAGCGAUUUAGAUCGCAUUCAGUGGACUAAAGACUGGCUCAUAUCACUAAAUGCUGACAAGUGCACAGUUCUACACAUAGGGAAAACAAACCCUAAACUAAAUUACCACAUUGACUCUGUUCCCCUACAAGCAGUAGCUAGUCAAAGAGACCUGGGCAUCACUGUUUCACAUAACUUGAAAUGGGACACACAUCACCAAAAUCACCAAGAGAGCAAAUUCUAUGCUGUAUAUGAUCCGGAAAGCAUUCCGUGUUAUUACUAAAGACCUAUUUAUUAGAAUAUACAAGUCAUAUCUUCGUCCUUUACUUGAGUCUGCUUUUCAGAUAUGGUCCCCCUACUUUAAAAAGGACAUUACAAUGCUGGAAAAAGUUCAACAAAGAGCAACUAAAAUGGUUGCUUCAUUGAAAGAUAAACCAUAUGAAGAACGGCUUCAAGAAUUAGGUCUUACAACAUUAGAGGACAGAAGGAAGCGAGGCGAUCUUAUUGAGACUUACAAAAUCUUGUCCGGACACUACAAUGUUCCAAAUAUUGAGGACCUAUACACAUCAAGCCAGAGUGUAAGGUUGAGAGGGCACUCUAAAAAACUUGUCAAACCUCCGUGUGCUAGUAACCCUAGAAAACACUUCCUGCCGAAUCGUGUGGUAAAUGUGUGGAACUCUCUACCAGAAACUGUUGUUAGUGCACCAUCAGUCAACACUUUCAAAAAUAGACUAGAUACACAUUUUAGAACUUUAAAAAGUGCAAAAUAAAAUACAAGUGCUUCGAUAUAAGAGCUGCUAGUGUAUCAAAUAAAAUAAUAAUAAUAAUAAUGUACGAGCUGGACGCCCUGGAUCGGAGGAUCCGGUCACUGCUCACCACACAUCGCAUGCUACACCCACGCUCGUCAGUUAUGAGAUUGUACAUCCCACGGAAGUGUGGAGGCCGAGGCUUCCUAAACGCCAAGGAUCUCCACAACCGCGAGGUGUACAAUCUCAGGAAUUAUUUCCUUAACAACGAGUGUGGGAUGCAUCGUGAUGUGGUGGCAGUAGACAGGAACCUCACGCCGCUCUCCUUGGCAAACGAGAACUGGCGCAAACCUGUGGUACUAAGUACUGCGGAUCGCAAGGCGGCAUGGGAGAGUAAGGUGCUACACGGGCGGUUCUACAAGGCCCUCACGGGACCCGAUGUGGACCUGCUCGCGUCGGUGAACUGGUUACGAUUCGGGGACCUCUUCGGAGAAACCGAGGGUUUUGCCUGUGCAAUUGCGGACGAAGUGAUGAUGACGAACAACUAUCGGAAAUAUAUCCUGAAGGACGGUACGGUCGACAUUUGUCGGGCAUGCCGCCGUCCCGGAGAGUCACUCAGGCAUAUCAUUUCCGGUUGUUCUCAUCUUGCUAACGGCGAGUACUUGCACAGACAUAAUCUCGUAGCCAGAAUUAUUCACCAGCAACUUGCUCUUCUAUAUGGCCUUGUGGACCGCGAAGUACCGUACUACAAGUACUUACCUGCGCCUGUUCUCGAGAAUGGUCAUGCCACGCUCUAUUGGGAUCGAUCUAUCAUCACAGACAGGACUAUUGUAGCCAAUAAGCCUGACAUUGUGAUAAUAGAUCAAUCGCAACGUCGGGCCGUGCUCGUUGACAUCACCAUCCCCCAUGAUGAGAAUCUCGUGAAGGCCGAGAAGGACAAGUCCAGUAAGUACCUAGACUUGGCUCACGAGAUAACCGCCAUGUGGGAUGUUGAUUCAACGAUCAUUGUCCCGAUAGUCGUUUCAGUGAACGGUCUAAUAGCGAAGAGUCUCGACCAACAUCUUGAGAGACUCUCGCUAGGUGGUUGGAUCAAGGGUCAGAUGCAGAAGGCGGUGAUCUUGGACACGGCGCGGAUAGUCCGCCGGUUCCUCUCUCUGCAGCCCUGACUACCGGUAGCUUGGGCCUUGCCCCGCUGCUGGCGGCACCCUAGGUUAGGUUUUUAUAAUGUGUUUAUAUGUAUUUUUUAUCGUUUUGUAAGUGUUUUUAUAUUUUACUUUUAUAUUCAUAUUAUAAAAACCCUAACUUAAGACGAAAAAUAAAUAAAGAGAACAUAAUAAUGUUACAUGGGCACAUGCAAUAAUAUGUUGGCAACAUUAUGUAUUAAAUACUAAAACUAAUUAAGUACUUAAGUUGGAUCAACUUACACAAUCAAUAUUUCAAUGACUACCUUAUAGAAACCUUAAUGGAUCUUGAUCAGCGUUUUUUUCUCAAAAGAAUUCGAGCUUCUACAAAAGACGCAACUCUUACACGUUGAACAGAAGCCAGUUUCAGAAUAAAGAAUAAUAAAAUCAAGACAACCGACUCAACCGAGACAGGUCACACAGGGUCUCAAAAUGAGGACCUUAAAGACUCGAGUCUUUACCAACACUAGCUAGGUUCAUGUCUAGUCGUAAGAUCACAACGGGUUCACAAAGUACUCGCUGCUCUUGUACAUAAAAUAAAUAAGGAAUUGUAAAUGUAAAUGGUCUAGAAGUUUGAGAAGCUGAAAGCUUUUAAUCAGACAUUUUUAAUAUAUUGCUACCGCCACCAUGGUUACUAUUAUAUUUGUUCACUAAUUUUAAUUUAGUUCACCAUAAAACUAGAUAUUAUUUAAAAACAUUUAUCAUUUAUAUUAUACAGGAUGAUUCAUGAGACGUGAGCAGGACUAAUCCUGGACACUCAGUAACUGAUAAUUGAUCGAUCACCGUCGUAUUUAGGAGAAACAACCACACUAUUUCCUAUUUUUUAACUUUUUGGUGAGGGCAAAUUUAAUUCUCAACAAUCAUGGUCACCCUACAGGACCUAAUUAAUAAAAAUAAAACCUCUUUAACCGUAAUGGCAUUUUGAUUACGAAGAAAAUAAACUGUCAAACUUGAGUGAGAUACGAGUUUUCAAAAGUAACCAGACCGUGAUGACACUGAUAACAUUCAAUUUUACACAGAAUAUCGGUAGUUUAGUAUUCUAAUUUUAGGGUGACCAUGCAUGUCGUGAAAAAAUUAAUAACUUUUUUUUUCAACACGACUAGAAAAUUAACGUUAACCUCACUAAUACUGAUGCGAAACAGUUGCUUAUAAUUAACGAUAUGCGCAGUGUUAUUCCUGCUCACGUCUCCUGAAUCACCCUGUAUACUAUAUUAUAUAUAGACUAGUACAGUUUGUGUACCUUAUUUUUAUUAAUUUUAUAUAAUUUUUUUAUUUGUUUAAUGAUUAUUAUAUAAACAAUUUUAUUUGUUAAAGUUAUAAUAAAUAUAUUUUUGCGACGUAAUUUUAGUAGAAAGAUCUCUCUCGAUAUGCACAAAUGAAAGCUGACAAAACGAAAUAAAUGAAUAGGUAAUAAAAUGUACCUACUUAUAAUAGAUCUUUUUAUGAACUAGGUAUAGUCCGACAAGAAAUUGUAGAAAAUUAUUGAGGGGCCACUUUCUACGUAAUUGUCACAUUUUUUGACGUAAAAUGCUUUAGAAUGGUUUUUUUUAGUUCCAUUUAUUUAAUUUCUUCUAUUUUAUGUCGCACUAUAAGUAAUAAAUUUACACGCUCUAGCGUGUGGGGUGGCCCAUAAGAUAAUAGUUUUAGAUUAGAUAUAUUAGGUCAACUAAUAAUAUAUACUAUUCUUUGACAUAGGUAGUCAGCCGCAUGUGCUGUGAUAUAUAUACUUAGUGUGCAUAAUAUAAAAACCUACCUAUUCUAAUGACAUGAUGAUCAUUAAAAAAAGAUUAUCAGGUUAUCUGAAUAGAUGUAGACGACCACAGCCUUUCUAAACUUAGGUAAACGCCAACUAAUAAUGCGUAGAUUGCAUAGGAAUUAUUAAACUGUUUUCUCAUGCUCGGCGAACCUACCUACAGGACGCACUUGUGCACAAUAAUGAGAUCAAGUAAGGAACCUAAAUACCAAGCAUUUCGUACAUUGCCUCACCGCUUCCCAUCUCUAUUGCACGCGCAUUGCUUUUCAACUUCACCUAAGAUACGGGACCGUCAAUGCCACAGUGCGAGCGAACCAGCUAUAUAAUUACCUAUAGUUAUUCUAGUUCGUUAAUUAUAGAGAUAGGAAAUGGCAGGCCAAUGUACGUCCUUACUUUAGUUGUAUGUGGCUCGCAUCGCAUGGGCUCACCUUGGUUCGUCAAGCAUUUCAGCAUUAGAUCAGGGAUGUUGCGAAUAUUCGCAUCCGCAUCCGUAACUGCGGAACUUCCGCAUUAUUUUCAACAUCCGCAUCCGCAUAAAAUCGAUGCGGAGCUUAUGCGGAUGUCGAACAAGUCGGUACAAAAGCGGCGGCGUAAAUGCUAGGUAAUUUCGUCAUUACCUACGAGUAUAACGAAAUCGUCUAGAUCCAGAUAAAUUAAACCAAAUUACUGUUUAUUAAAUUUAAAGCACCUAUAUUCUUGCUCAAAUACUAAAUGUAUCGAUUUUGAUGUGAAAACUUCUUUAGCGGCGCUGUGCACUUUUUGUGAUGGGGAAAAAAUGUUAAACUCGCGACAGGUCACGUGACCGUAAGAUUCCUAAAACGUAAGACGGACACGUGACCUGAUCGAAAAACUGUUACAAUGUCAUUGAGUUUUCACUUCUGCCGGCACUCCCGGAGUGCAACCCGUUGUUUUUUUUUAAUAAAGAUUACUAAAAAUUUAGUAUUUUGUAACCCAUAACUUGCAUGUUUGGUUUAACUGUCAAUGUAAAAUUGGUUAAAUAAAUAAAAAAUAAAAGUA